AUGGCCUCAAUCAAAACUUCAAGCGCUCCGCGCUCCGGCUCCUCGGGCUUAACAAAAUCCUACCUCUUCACCUACAACACCCUCAACCUCCUCGCCUGGGGAACCUGCGUCGUCUACACGGCCUCCCUCCUCCCAGCCCAUGUCUCAAGCAAGACUCUCCCGAAGGUCUUCGGCCAGACCUUUUCCCCGCUACUGCUGGCCACGCAAUCCCUCGCCCUGUUGGAAGUCGUGCACAGCAUUGUAGGCCUCGUGCGCGCACCGUUCAUGACGACUGCCAUGCAAGUUUCUAGCCGGCUGCUGCUGGUGUGGGGGAUUAUGGCUCAGUUUGGUGGGGAGAUUGUUGGUGCUGGGCGGGAUACCCAGCUGGGUGAUUAUGCGUAUCUGGGCUGUGUUUUCGCUUGGGGAAUUACAGAGGUUAUCCGUUAUGGGUUCUUUGCUAUUACGUUGUCUGGGAACUCGGUUCCAAGCUGGUGGACUUGGUUGCGAUACAACACUUUCUACAUUUUCUACCCCAUUGGUAUCUCCAGCGAGUGCACACUUAUCUUCCAGGCCCUUGGUCCUGCUGGCGAGCUGAGCCCGUUUUUCCGCUACCUCUUGAUUGCGAUUCUCGUGAUCUACGUGCCUGGGUCUUAUAUCCUGUACACGCACAUGAUUGCCCAAAGACGCAAGAUCAUGCGCGGCAAGAAGAGAGCUGAUUAA